AUGGAAGGUGGGGUGCUGCUCUUCCAUGCCAACAUCACCACACGGGGGCACAACACCAACAAUUUUAUCAAGGCAACCAUCCAUGUCCUGAAGGACGUGGUUGUCAGCAGGACGAGGGCCUUCAACGCAGUGGCACUGGUGGACGCCGUGGCUGUGUGGCUGUUAGGCAGGAUGCAACAAGGUGCAGCUGACAGCAUGGAACCUGUGGGCAACAACGUCUAUGCAGUGCUCAGUGCCACCCACCACAGCGUGGUGCACGAAGUCUCUUCGGGCUUCGGAGCGUGCAGAUGCCCAGUCGUGACCUCGAUACGCCUCUUGAAGGGCUUGCGCCAGUUGUCGCCCGACACCCAGACAUUUUCUCUGGAAUCAUUUCAUAACGUCUUAAAUGGGUUUGCUCGAAAGUCGACAGCAUUCUCAUUAGAGGGCAUGCUAUGUAGGACCCGCCUGGCAGCACUACACUUUAAUGAGAACGCGGAACGUGCACAAGCGAUCACGAAAGAUGGAUAUCAUCAAGGGAAAGUGAAGACACCGACGGCAAGUAAAGAGCACCAUGUAGUGUGUCCGGUGAAGACAGACACACAUGGCUACGUCCAGGAGCUGAUGGCUGUGGCUGUUGGAAUGUGCGGCUCUUCAAGCUUUCUGGAGAAGUUCCAGGCCACAAGAACACCUCCAAAGCCAAAUAUGAGCAACCUAUCAGAACGGCCAUCAAAAAAAGAUUUAAUUGACUCCAGAGUCAGCCGCUUUGCCAAGGCGAAGCCGCAGAUUGUGUAA